UGUAAACAAAGGGAAGACUGUGGUUCAGAGUCCAUUAUAAACUCGGUCCCUCGUGUUUUCUAGCUGUAGGAAGAUGACCGCCAUCCUCCCGCGGAUUGAGCAGCUGUCCGCGCGGGUCGUACGGAUCCUUGGCUGCAACCCGGGCCCGAUGACGCUGCAGGGCACCAACACCUACCUGGUGGGCACCGGGAAACGGCGUGUGCUGAUAGACGCGGGGGAGCCGGGUGUGCCGGAGUACAUCUCUGCGCUGCAGCAGACGCUCAGGCAGCAUGACGCCAGCAUCCAGGAGAUCGUGCUCACACACUGGCACCACGACCACACCGGGGGGGUGCCCGACAUCUGCGCCAGCCUGCCCGGAGGUUGGGACCUCCCCGUGAGUAAGCUGCCUCGAUCUCCUCAUCAGGAAGAGCGAAUCGGAGUGGACCAGAAGAAAUACACGUACCUGCAGCACGGAGACCUGAUACACACCGAGGGAGCCACACUCAAGGUGCUGUACACUCCUGGCCACACAGAUGACCACAUGGUGCUGCUGCUGGACCAGGAGGGGGCGCUGUUCUCUGGCGACUGCAUCCUGGGGGAGGGAACCGCCGUCUUCGAGGACCUCCACGACUACAUGCAGUCGCUACACACACUCCUGGACACACACGCCGACCACAUCUACCCAGGCCAUGGUCCAGUAGUGGUCAACGCUGGCUCUAAGAUCAGAGAGUACAUCGCUCACAGAGAGCAGCGGGAGCAGCAGAUACUACGAGUCCUUCAGGAGAACAGCACACACACACUCACCGCCGCAGAGCUGGUCAAGAUCGUCUACAAGGAUACACCUGAGCACCUGCACAGGGCAGCAGAGGUGAAUCUGACUCACCAUCUGAAGAAGCUGCAGAAGGAAGGACACAUCACUGCAGUGGAGUGCAGGUGGAAAAGUAAUCUCUGAUCAGCACGGACACAUGCUACGCUGGACACCCAGCACACACGCACGCACACACACACACAUACACGUACACACACACGCACAUUACGCUGGACAGAUGAAGUCCAGCUGGAGUAGCAGCCACGGCGGAACCGUGUGUACGUGUGUGUGUGUGUGUGUGUGUGU